AUUUAUUUUUCCGCACUUAUCUUUUCAAAGCAUGUUCAUCUUCUUCUUCUUCUUCUUCAACGCUGCUCUUCAUUUUUACCCCAUUCUGCCAUUUUUACAGAUCCGAAGGUCUUCUUAGCAUUAAGCUUCUUAACCAACUCAAAAAAUCGAUCCCCGAAUCCGUCCCUGAGUGGGAUACGAUCAUACGAUAAGAGCUGCCAAAGAUCAAAACUUAAGAGUAGCGAUGAACCCAGAAACUGAAGUAGCAAAUCCUCAUCAUCAUCACUUGGUUCUAAUCCAUGGCGUAGGGCAUGGAGCUUGGUGCUGGUACAAAAUUCGGUGUCUCCUGGAAGCAUCAGGCUACAAAGUCACAUGCAUAGAUCUCAAAGGUGCUGGUAUUGAUCAGUCAGAUCCCAACACAAUCCUCACUUUCGAAGACUAUAACACGCCUCUCAUCCACUUCCUGUCCUCCUUGCCUCAGAAUGAAAAGGUAAUACUUGUUGGACACAGUGCAGGAGGUUUGAGCUUGACAGAUGCAAUACACAGGUUUGGUAACAAAAUAAAUAUGGCCGUAUAUGUGGCUGCAAACAUGUUAAAGCAUGGAUUUUCUACAGAUCAAGAUAUCAAGGAUGGAGAACCUGACUUAUCAGCAUUUGGAAACGUAAAUGAGUUUACAUUUGGGUUGGGACCAGACCAGCCUCCAACUAGCGUCAUAAUUAAGGAGAGCUUUAGGCACCAAAUCAUGUAUCAUAUGAGCCCUGUCCAGGACUCGAGUUUAGCUUCGAUGCUGCUGCGUCCUGGACCAGUUAUGGCGUUGCAAGGCGCUCGAUUCGAAGGAAAUAUUGGUGAUGAUGCAGAUUGUGUGCCAAGAGUGUACAUCAAGACCAUGAACGAUCGUGUUCUAAAGCCAGAGAAACAAGAUGCUAUGAUAAAGAGGUGGCGACCAUCCCAAGUCUUUGUUCUUGAAAGCGACCAUAGCCCAUUUUUCUCCACCCCCUUUCUGCUCUUUGAUUUGUUAGUUAAAGCAUUGGCUUCCAUCAAAUAUUAAUAAUGUCCUCAGUCAAGAAGAACAAAGGAAUAAGAGAUUUGGGAUUUUCUGAUAUA